UCUCCGUAGCAACAGCAGUCAGGCGUUUAGCUGGCGCAACAAGCAAGCUAAAUGUGUCUUUUAAAACGGUAGCCGCUUCAGACCUCUUUUGACAUUUAAAUUGAAAUAGCUGAAACUGGAAUGGCGACCAGUAAUCCGUCGGUGUUUCUUCUGUCGGUGAACGGACAGAUUGAGGGAGCCAAUUUUCCGUGUUAUGACAACUUAUACUGCAAAUACUGCUAUGUUUACGGCCAAGACUGGAUUCCUACCACAGGUUUGGAGGAGGGCAUCACUCAAAUAACAUGUAAAGGCCGUCAGGCGUCACAUAAAUUGAUAUGGAACUUCCCACUGGAUAUCACGUUUAAGAGUACAAACCCCUCAGGAUGGCCUCAGCUUGUGCUGAGUGUGUACGGACCAGACGUGUUUGGCAACGAUGUGGUCAGAGGCUAUGGAGCAACGCACAUCCCAAUCACACCCGGACAACAUGCACGGACCAUUCCGAUGUUUGUUCCUGAGCCCACGUGGAGACUUCAGAAGUUCACUAGCUGGCUAAUGGGACGUCGACCCGAGUACACGGACCCUAAAGUAGUAGCCCAAGGCGAAGGGAGAGAAGUGACACGGGUUUGUUCCCAAGGGUUUGUGACGGUGUGCUUCAACAUCACAAUGAAAGACAUGAAGAAACUUGGCUAUGACUCCGGACCAUCAAACUCAGAAUCUCACACCGCCACAUCCAGCUGGUUGACAGAGAGACCGCCAAACUUGUGAUCAUAUUUCCCAUGAGUGUUCACUGCAAUGCCAGAAAAGAACAUGGUUGAUGAUGGAAGAGCACACAAUGUCUUAUAUUUCAAAUUUCAUGCCACAAAUGUUUUUUUUAAGUUUUAUAUUUUUACAUAAAGUUUGAUCUUGAUAUGA